AUGUCGAUAUAUAAGUAUCAUUCGAUACCUUUGGAGAACUUGGACGAUGCUCGCCAGUCCGCUUCUGCUUACGAGAACGAAUACGAAUACGAGCUUGACGAAGUAGAUAACAUGUCAUCGGAUACGAAAGAUGAUGUGCUUUUACCACCUAGGAUAUACGAUGAGGAGGUACCACUAGAACAUGAUAAAGAUAAAGAUAAAGAUCUACAUCAAGAUCCCGAUGCUCUCGGUGUAGGACAUCAAGUGAACCUUGUCGAAGUUCCUUUUGCGACUACUCCUGAUGGACAUCGAUUGACGGUCGGCGAUACUUUACCAGAAGUCAAAGCUGUCGCUCUCGAGACUGACGAUCCCGAUGAACCAUGUGAGACCAUUCGAGCUUACGUCCUUGGAACCAUCGUGGCGUCGGUAGGUGUGGCUUUGAACGUAUGGUUCGGUGCUCGACAACCUGGUAUCUACAUCUCACCUUUCCUCGCUCAACUCCUAUCGUACCCCAUCGGUGUCGCACUUGCAAAGCUCCUCCCCAAAACGAAGUUCACAACUUUUGGCAGGACAUGGACAUUGAAUCCUGGACCCUUUACAAUGAAAGAGCAUGCCUUGAUCGUGCUCAUGGCGACAGUAUCGUUCCCAACCGCUACAGCCGUCGAUGUCAUCAUCGCCAUUCGACAACCUGUCUUCUUCAACGAUCCUGAGAUGGGUGACAACAAGGGAUUCCAAUUCCUUGUUGUUCUUUCAACUCAGUUCUUAGGUUUCGGUGUCGCAGGUCUCGCUAGAGAUUCUCUGGUCUACCCAUCAGCCAUGACCUGGCCUCUGAACUUGGCAAAAUUAUCCUUAUUCAACGCUCUUCACCGAAGAAAGGUGAACGAGUAUGGUGUGGUGACUUUACCCAAGGAAGACGAAGACGAACAACAAGAUCCACCUGUACAUGGAUGGAAAGUUUCGAUGUUCCGAUUCUGUCUAUACGCCACUACUGCCAGUUUCGUUUGGUUCUUCUUCACAGCUUUCAUCUUCCCUUCUUUGACUUACUUCAAUUGGCCAACUUGGAUCAACCCUACUAACAAGAAAUUGGCCAUUAUCAUGGGAUCGAUCACGGGUCUGGGUCUUAACCCCAUUCCCACCCUCGAUUGGACAUAUAUCAGUGGUGCAGGUCUCACACCCCUGAUCACACCUUGGUGGGCUACUGUAUCAACUUUCAUCGGUGCGUCGAUCGGUUAUAUCAUCAUCGCUGCUAUCUACUUCACCAACACAUGGUACAGCGCAUAUCUCGUGCCCAAUUCCAAUCAAGCCUUUGACCGGUUUGGAGCCUACUACAACGUUACCGCUGUACUCAGUGCAGACAGGACUUUAGAUGUUGAGGCAUACCGAGCGUAUUCUCCUCUUUACUUUGGUGCUGGGUACAACGUAGUCAUCACAGCUUAUUUCGCUUCGUACUCUGCCAUUCUCACCUACGCCUUGCUCAAUCACUGGUCUGAUCUCAAGAAGGGAUAUCAAACCGGAGUUCGUCGGGUCAAAUCAAUGAUGAACAAGAAGAACAAAGAUCAACAUGAAGAUACCAUUCACCAUUUCCCAGAUUACGAUAUUCACUACGCUCUCAUGACGAGGUACAAGGAGGUGCCUCAAUGGUGGUUCUUGGUGAUCAUGGUGUUCUCAAUCGUACUUGGUAUUAUCAUGUGCGAAGUUUACAAUACCACGAUGCCAGUCUGGGGUAUAUUUUGUUGUUUGGCUAUGGUUCUUGUCUUUGCCAUUCCGACUGGUAUCAUUCAAGCGAUCUCUAAUAUGCAAAUGUCUUUAGUCAUCCUCGCUGAGAUCAUCCCUGGUAUAGCCAUUCCCGGACGACCCUAUGCCAAUAUGAUUUUCAAGUUAUACGGAUGGGUAUCGCUCAGUAUGACCUUACUUUACGUCUUGGACCAGAAACUCGCCCAUUAUCUACAUCUUCCACCUAGAGCUACGUUCAGAGCUCAGAUGUGGGGAUGUACGAUCAGUUCUUUCAUCUCGAUCGCUAUCAUCAAUUGGCAGUUCAAGGCUAUCCCUGAUCUUUGUAUGCCUGGUCAGAAAGACCUGAUGACCUGUCCUUACUACACCACUUUCUACUCUUCCGCUUUGUUAUUCGGUGUAGUCGGUCCAGAAAGGAUGUACGGUAGCUUAGGGUUGUACAAACACACCUUAUGGGGUUUCUUGGCCGGUGCGGUAUUAGUCGCGAUGGCUUGGGCAGCUAAGAAGAGAUGGCCCAACAAGAUAACAAGGAAUAUAAAUGUCCCCGUCAUUAUCUUUGGUGUUAUGUACUUUGCACCUUACAAUUGGUCUUUCGUCUGGGCCGGUGUACCCUUGGCGUGGUUCUUUAUGUCAUAUGUCUUCAAGAGGUUCCCAGCAUGGUGGAACAAAUACUGUUACGUGUUAUCUAUUGGAUUAACGGUCGGUGCUGCCAUCAGCGGUGUCAUCCAGUUCUUCUGUAUUACCUACCCUGGUGGGAUCAUGCCUUCUUGGUGGGGUAACACCGUUUACGUAUCCGGCUGUGAUGCUCUGGGAUGUCCGUUGAAGGAGAUGCCAGAAGUAGGAUACUUUGGUCCAGGACCUGGUGAAUACUUGUAA